GGUUCACCCCCUCCAAGCUCCCACCCCAGAGCCCCUAGCCCCACCCACCCCAGCCGCACGUAUUAUGUUAACAAACACACACCCUUGUAUCAAAGAAUACUCACCCCCAAGAAAUAAAUACACACCCAACCUCUCUCGUCACCUUCUCUGAUCAGUAGCCGAAUACUGACAAAUUUCUCAUUCUCAUCUCCUCUUCUUCUUCUUCAACCCCCCUUUUCUGCCUUCAUUUCCUCAUACUUUUCACUUCUCUCUCCAUCUAGGCUCUGAAGAAAAGAAGUGAAAAAAUUUUAAAAAAUUAUUAUAAAAAAAAAUAUUGGAAAACAAGUGAGGUGUAGGUAUGGGGAGGGUGAAGCUUCAGAUCAAGAGGAUUGAGAACAACACUAAUAGGCAGGUGACUUACUCAAAAAGGCGGAACGGGCUCAUGAAGAAAGCUUUUGAGAUUUCUGUUCUCUGUGAAGUCGAUGUUGGACUUCUGAUGUUUUCUCCUUCUGGUAGAGUCAGUGUCUUUGCUGGAAACAAUAAAAGUAUCGAACAGAUUAUGACAAGGUUUGUGAAUCUCCCGGAGCAUGAGAAAGGCGUCAUACAAAGCCAGGAGCAUCUCAACAAGCUUAUUGCUAAACUCAAAGAAGAAGUAGCAGAUCAGAACCGCCAAGAGAGCAGCUCAGUGAGCACCGACUCCCAACUUGAGGAUCUGCAGGAAGAGCUUAAAGCAUCUAAAUCUCAGGUGGUCGAUAUGGAGAAGAGACUAAGGAUUUAUGAAGGGGACCUUUCUGAAAUUACAACCUUGGAUGAAGUCCACUAUCGCGAACAUCUGCUCGAGGAGGCAUUAAAACAAGUUCGGAUGAGAAAGGAAAUGUUGGAGGAACACUAUGAAUGUCACAUCUCUCAACCAAGUACUCAGGUUCAACUGCACGGUGCAGAGCAUAUGCAUCUUCAUGGUUUAGCUCCCAGAGAAGCAAACAAUGUGUUUCAGUGGUUCCCUGCACCGAGAGAUCCACAACUGCAGGUUCUCAACUUUCUUGAUUCAAAUGGUCUUCUUCCCCAGCAGAGGGAACCAACUCAUCAUCGCCAAGGGGCUGAUAGAAUGAUGAUGCCACCUUUGAACCUCUUGUCUGGAAACAUGAAUGUGGAGGAACACAUGAGUCGUAGCCACAGGAGCAGUGGACUUCGUGAUCAAGAUGGUGUGAAGAUUGAAUCCACCAACAAUGUUGCUACUAUCAAUCGUGUUCCUCAAGAUCCAUCUUCUUCCGGCUAUGGACAUGGUUUUGAUGUCAACCUUAAUUCACCAUGGGUGAACCAUCAGUUCUAUCAAGCAGGAAAUGAUCAUGCUCUUCCAUCUGAACAGCCAAGGGAGCGCGCUAUUCUGGAGCUUUUCCUUUCUCAGUUACACCCUGAGGCAUAAGAUGAUAAGAUGCAUGCACCAUGUCUCUGGCAUGGGAAGACUAUCUUUAAAGUAGUUCUAUCAUCUAUGUAUGUUACUUGUAAACCUUGGAGUUUUUCUGUUCUUGUCUUGGUGACUGUGUUUGCGACCUUGUGACCUUGUGACGUUGCGACCUUGUGACCUUGUGACUUUGCGACUUUGUGACCUUUGUGUGGAUGUAUGCUUGGAUAAGGUUU